CACCCACCAACUCACAAGCAUGGUUCCAACCGCUCCCUGGACGCGGUCAUGAAGUCGUUGCUCGGGACCGCCUGGAGACAGCCCAAAAGCGCAGUGCGCGUGUUCUGCCGAUGGCGCGUCAAGUCGACCAAGUCGAGUAGGGACAGGCCUCCAGCAGCCGUCGACCCAAGGGUUUUAAGGUCUCGCCUCCAGCUCCAGAAUGACCCCUCGCCGAGCGGCGCAAGGCGUCCGGCCUUCAUCCUCAACCGCAACUAUAACCUAUUUCAAAACCUCGUUGAGAAGCGCUUCUCCCAUGUCAUCGAGUCGAUGGGCGCCUGGGCCCAGAACCAGGACGAGUGGCGCUCCUUCGGCAUCAACGGCCAGCCCCAACUGGACCGCGAGCUGGGCUUGUUCAGGAUGGUUUUGGACCGGGCCUUCGACCUCGCCAUUGACGGCGGCAAGACGGCCCGCCAGGAGAACCCGCUCUUCUGGAACCUGCGCAACGCCUUCAUCCGCUUCGACGCCGCCGGCCUGGGUCGAGAGCUCAAGUACGCCUUCCAGACCUUCCUGAUGCGCUCGCGCUUCCCCAAGGCUGUCAACCAGCUGCACCUGGACCUUGCCGACCUGCGCUUUCCCUACGAGUGGUACCCGGCCACACGUAUGCUACAGCGCACCAUCCACCUCCACGUCGGCCCCACCAACUCGGGCAAGACGUACAACGCCCUCAAGGCCCUUGAGAACGCCCGCACGGGCGUCUACGCCGGCCCGCUGCGCUUGCUGGCCCACGAGACGUGGAGCCGCUUCGUGGCUAAGAAGAAGCCUUGCGCCCUUGUCACGGGCGAGGAAGUGAGGAUACCGACAGAAGCCGACACGUGGUUCCACAGCUGCACCGUCGAGAUGACGCCGCUCAACACAAAGGUCGACGUCGCCGUCAUCGACGAGAUUCAGAUGAUUGCCAACGACGAGCGUGGCUGGGCUUGGACUCAGGCCUUCCUCGGUGUCCAGGCCAAGGAGGUGCAUCUCUGCGGAGAGGACAGGGUGGUGCCGCUCAUCCAGGACCUGUGCGCCAGGAUCGGCGAGAAGUGCAUCGUGCAUCGCUACCAGCGCCUUAAUCCCCUCGAGACCAUGGGGGAAAGCUUGAACGGUGACUUCAGCAAACUCCGCAAGGGAGACGCCGUUGUCGCCUUCUCCCGCGUCAGCAUCCACCAGCUGAAAGCGGGUAUUGAAAAGGCGACGGGUCGCAGGUGCGCCAUCGUCUACGGCAGUCUCCCGCCCGAGACGCGUGCCAGCCAGGCCGCGCUAUUCAACGACCCAAACAACGACUACGACUUCCUGGUCGCCAGCGACGCCAUCGGCAUGGGCCUGAACCUCGAGGUCAAGCGCGUCGUCUUCGAGUCGAGCUUCAAGUUCGACGGCAUCGGUUUCCGCCCACUCACCGUGCCCGAGAUCAGACAGAUUGGCGGCCGCGCAGGGCGCUACCGGACCGCCGCGCAGGAGAUCGCCGGGGACACCUCCAAACCCGCGCCGGGACUUGUCACGGCGCUAGAUAAAGAAGACCUCCCAAUGAUCAACGAAGCCUUCAAUACCGAAGCCGAGCCGAUCCGGACGGCGGGCCUCUUCCCUCCGCCCUCGGUCAUCGAGCGCUUCCAUUCGUACUUCCCGCCGCGCACGCCCAUCAGCUUCGUGCUCGCCCGCCUGCGCGAGAUGAGCCGCUUGUCCCCCAGCUUCCACCUCUGCGACUUCACCGUCGCGCUCGAGAUCGCUGAGGUCAUCAAGCCGUUCGACCUGAGCGUGUCGGAUCGCUGCGUCUUCCUCAACAUUCCCGUCAGCAUGCGCGACCCGCGGCAGGUCAAGGCGCUGCAGGCGUUUGCCAAGUGCGUGGCCGAGUUGGGGGGAGGCCACCUUCUCGACUUUGACGACGUCAUCAACCUCGAGAUCCUCGACGAGGUUCGCCCCUCCAUCCCCUCGGAGCAGGCUGUGUAUCUGCACCAGCUCGAGUCCCUCCACCACAUCAUCACCAUGUAUCUCUGGCUCAGCUACCGCUACCAGGGCGUGUUCCAGAGCCAGAACCUCGCCUUCAAGGUGAAGGAGCUGGUCGAGGAGAAGAUUGCGAGCCACCUCGAGAGCCUGAGCUUCGUGCCGGAGCAGCAGCGGUCGAGGCGGCAGCGCAUGCGGAAGCUGGCUGCCGAGGUGGAGGAGAAGGAGAGGAAUCUGCUUGGGCCACACGAGGAGGAGAUGAUUGGGCCGCAUGACGAGGGGAUUGGGCAGUGGAUCGAGGAGGGCCAGGAGCCGUUGUUUGCUGGGGAGGUGGACGAGGCUGCUGCAGGGGCUGGGACUGUGCCAGAGGAGCAUAAGCCCACGGGCGAGUCGAUUGGAGCGCAGCCGUAAGGCAUUGAAAGGUGUAGGGAUGUGCGUGUAUGUACAAGUGUGUGUAUGAUACCAUUGGAUAGAGGAGGGCGUGUAUCUGUGUGAGGAAACCAUCUGCACCAGCAUUGUAGAGAGUGUAUACUAAGCGGUUUGGCAUCUUAGAAAAAUCAUGGAUCG